CAUGGGCGCGAAGCAAAGCAGUCCCACGGCCGCCAAUGGCCGCACCCGGGCGUACUCGGGCGGGGAUUUACCUUCCUCCAGCAGCGGCGGCGGCGCUAACGGGACCGGCGGGCGCUCGGCGGGCGCUGGCGGGCGGUACGCGCACCUGGCGGCGGCGCCUCAUGCCGCUCCCGGCGGCGCGACAGCGGCGGCGGCAGGAGGAGCGGCGACGGCAGUGGCGGGGGGUGCCGCCGCGGGGUCGGCCCCCCGAAGCAGGUCCUUAGGGGGGGCCACCGCCUCCGGGGCCCGGGCCGCGCAGUCCUCCUUCAACAUCCCCCACAGCAGCGGCCCCUACGGCUCGCAGGACUCGGUCAGCAGCACCCCGGAGGAGGGCGGCCGGGAGCGGCCCGCGGGGGGCGGCAGCGGCUCCUCCGGCGGGCCCCGGCUGGUAAUCGGCUCGCUGCCCGCUCACCUCUCGCCGCACCUGUUCGGAGGUAAGCGCCAUCCCGGGAGGGGUUCGCUGCCCGCGGGGUGGGGGCUCGGGCGGGCGGGGAGUGGUGAUGGUUGGGGGGGGCUCCUUCCUACCCAAUGGGACGGGUAAUGAGUCAUCACUGUUGAGAGCGGCGGCUCUUCCAGUCUCGCUGGAGAGGGGUCACGGUUUGGAGAUGGGGUUUUCAGGGCAGUGUCUCCUAUUGUCUGUAGCGAGAGCUGUGAAAGAUGGGGGGGGUUAACAAUGAAACGAGCCCCGCGGUAGUGCGGUCGGGACGGCGAAGAGGAAGCAGAGUCUCUCCGGCAGGCGACUUUAGACUCUGAUAGCUGUAAUCAGUGCCUGUGUAAGUACUCAUGCCUACUACUUACAUAAUUGGAAUUUAAUUGGAUCAUGUGUCUCCGCCGUUUAUUCUAAAAUCGGACCAAACCCCUCUUUAGGUACUGAUGUAACAUGUGGUUGAUGCUUGUUCCUCUUUGUAAGGUCUCGGG